AGAUGCCUGCACGGAUAAGCACUCUUGCAUUAUAUAUCAGACAUCAGUCAUUUCUUGUUUUAUUAUUACGUAUCUCUUUUAUUUCCCACUCUCUCUCUCUCUCUCCUUUAUUUAUUGUUUCAGGAGCUGAAGGCUUUUGCCAAUUUAAUAAACCACACCACACCACACUCUGUUCUCACCUUCUUCUUUACUUGUCGCUUUAACCAAAGCAAUUUCUACCUCUCAAUGGGAAAGAAAAAGGGAGGUACUUCAUGGUUGAGUGCUGUUAAGAGGGCUUUCAGGUCACCAACUAAAGAUAACAGCUGCGACAAAAAGGCAAAAAUAGAGCAUGAACUAGACGAAGAUGAAGAAAAGAAAAGAGAGAAGAGAAGGUGGUUAUUCAGAAAACAGUCACAAAAUGAAGGGAAAGUAAUUGUUGAUCCAAAGCAUGCAACAGCAGCAGCAGCUGUGGCCACUGCUCAAGCAGCAGUUGAGAUCAUAAGGUUGACACGAUCUUCCAAUAAUCCGUCUUCUAACAGGCAACACAAUGCUGCUGUACUCAUCCAAACAGCAUUCAGAGGCUAUCUGGCAAGGAGGGCACUAAUUGCAUUGAAGGGGAUAGUGAAGCUUCAAGCAUUAAUAAGGGGUCAAAAUGUACGAAAGCAAGCUAAGAUGACACUGAAAUGUAUGCAAGCUCUGCUGAGGGUGCAGGCUCGGGUUCGUGAACAACGCGCUCGCCUUUCACAUGAUGGAGGCCGCAGGUCCAUGUUUGCUGAAACAACCAAUUUAUGGGACUCUAAAUAUCUCCGUGACAUCCGAGAUAGGAAGUCCAGAUCUAGAGAUGGAAGCUCAAUUGCAGACGAUUGUCCGAGAUCACUUCUAGAGCUGGAAUCAAUGUUACAAGCCAGAAAAGAAGCCUCCUUCAAACGGGAAAAAUCCCUUGCUCAUGCUUUUACUCAACAGGAAUUGGAUGAGAUGGAUGUUUGUAGUGAAGAAAGAAAUGAAAGGGAACUAGAAGAGACAGCGAAUUGGCUAGACGAGUGGAUGUCAUCAAAGCAAUGGAACACCAGCAACAGAGGUUCAUUUGACAGAAGAGACUCUAUAAAGACUGUUGAGAUGGACACGGCUAAGCCAUAUUCUAACAUGGUUCCAAAUGCUCGAAGAUCACAACACUCGAGCCCACUUCACAGACAGGCUAGUAGUCCUCAUUAUAUUGCUAAUUCUCCCCAUCACCAGAGAUCAUCACAUUACAAUUACUCGGCAAUUCAACCACCAGCCACCCCGCCCCCUUGUCAACCAAAACCUCUUCAAAUGCGCCCAACAAGCCCACGUAAAAGCCAAUCAACUGCAAACACUCCAUGCCUACGCUCUACGAGCCGUUCAAACAGUAUAAUGUCCCGGUAUAGCACGUCAGGAAACGAUGCAUCAGUUCCUAACUAUAUGGCUGCCACUGAGUCUGCAAAAGCUCGGAUUCGUUCACAAAGCACACCUAAACAAAGGCCUUCCACACCAGAAAGAGAAAGAGUUGGAUCGGUGAAAAAACGCCUCUCUUACCCUAUUCCUGAGCCAUACUCGCUAAACGCUGCGUAUGGCUACAGUCAGAACUUGAGAAGUCCUAGCUUCAAAAGUCUUCAAGCUGCCUAUGUUGGGAUGGAACAACAAUCAUGUUACACCGACAGCCUUGGUGGAGAAAUUUCUCCUUGUUCAACCACAGAUUUAAGGAGAUGGUUAAGAUGAGUAGUAAUCAAUUGAAUAAAGAUUACAGGAACCAAGCCAUCUUUUGUGUCCUAUUUUUCUUUAAGUUUAGCCAGGUGCUAGGUGAAUGCUAGUCAUAAAUGAUGUGUAUUUCUUUGUUCAUUUUCUCUAAUGGUUCAUUACCCUUCAGCUCAUUUAUUAUGCA